GCCUCAGCAGAGCCAGCGAUGAAGGGAGCCGUCCUUCCUCACGGACUAACGUCUCCUUUAACGAGCGGACCGCUGCUGAAGUGCUCGGGCUGUGCGGAGCGGCUUUAGUCCAGGCUGUGGUGGUCCGUCCCCCGGCGUGGAGCCCCAGCGUGGCCCGGAGGGGAGCUCGGCCGUAUCUGGAUGGAGACUCAACCCCAGACCCGCGUCCCCCGUUGAUCAGCGCUGGCUGACUGACUGAGCCCGGGCGCCGGAGAGACGCGCCGCAGGACCCGCUGUUCGCAGCUCCGCGAUGGCCGUGGUGUUCAGCGAGGGCCGGAGAGCCGCUGAGGGCGAGCGUGCGCGCUCACGCGUUACCGCAGAACGCGCGCCUGGAUAUUAGCCCGAGCCGUUCCCGCUGAGCAGAGGCGCGGAGGCGCUGUGUCGCGUCGCGAGUGCCGUCGUUAUUGUUGUUGCUGUGGUUAAUGUCGGCGGAUCGGCGCUGACCGGCUCCGGCCCCAGGGUGUUGUCGCGGCGCGGCGCGGCGUCUGCAUGGAUCGGCGCUCGGCUCCUCACGGCCGGUAACCGCCGUCGCUGGACAGCCUUCAUUCCCUCUCACUGACCGUCGCUCUCGUCCCCCGCUGCCCCCGCGGACGGAGGGACGCGGUGAAAACAAUUAAAAAUAAAUAAAUAAAUCAAUUAAUUAAUUAAUAAGUACAACCCCCCCACCCCUCCCGGUGGCCUGCGCGAGCGGAUAAAGGGCAAUGCGAUUAUUCUCAUUUCUGCUCUUCCCGCCGCUCCGCCAGUGAUCCGAUCGACCCGAUCGAUAAGCCGAUCGGCUGGGGAUGGAGACGCCGCGCUGCCCGUGAGCGGCGGAGGGGUCCGCGGGUCGUAGGUGGGGCUGGGCUGUUUGGGCUUGGCUGGGCUUGGCUUGGUCGCUCCUGCCUGGAAGAUGGCAGCUUAUUAAAAAUUAAUCUGAUACGCAUCGGCGCGACGAAGAGACGAGAAGAGGAGGAGGAGAGGAGGAGGAAGAGGAGGAGGAGAGGAAGGAUGGACGACGGGCACUGAAGCCCCCAAAAGGGAGGAUAGAGGAGCGCGAGAAGCAUCGUCUGAACCGAGAGGGAAACUGAGUGGCUGACUCCGCCCCGCUCCACCUGGCCCUGCCCUUUUCCUACCUGCCACCAUGGCACUGUCACUAUGGUUACUGUGGAUGUUUGCUGCCUCGCUUAGCAACAUCGCCCCCUCUGAGCAAGGUCUGAGCAGGGCGGCCAUGCCGUUUGGUCUGAUGCGAAGGGAGCUAGCGUGUGAAGGCUACCCCAUAGAACUCCGCUGCCCAGGAAGCGAUGUCAUCAUGAUCGAGACGGCCAACUACGGCCGAACGGAUGACAAGAUCUGUGACGCAGACCCCUUUCAGAUGGAGAACGUCCAGUGUUACCAACCAGAUGCCUUCAAGAUCAUGUCUCACAGGUGUAAUAACCGAACGCAAUGCGUGGUCGUUGCAGGGGCUGACGUGUUUCCUGACCCCUGUCCAGGAACGUACAAAUACCUGGAAAUCCAAUAUGAGUGUGUUCCAUACAAAGUGGACCAAAAAGUUUUCGUUUGUCCCGGCACUCUGGUGCGCGUGCUGGACGUUAGCUCAAUGAAGGAGGCGGAGCAUCAGUCCGGAGCCUGGUGUAAAGACCCCCUGCAGGCGGGUGACCGGCUCUACGUGAUGCCCUGGACUCCAUACCGCACGGACAUGCUGUUCGAGUACGCGUCCUGGGACGACUACCGGCAGAGCAGAGUCACCACCACCUACAAGCUGCCGAGUCGAGUGGACGGCACAGGUUUCGUGGUGUACGACGGCGCCGUGUUCUACAACAAAGAGCGAACGCGCAACAUUGUGAAGUACGACCUGAGGACGCGCAUCAAGAGCGGAGAGGCCAUCAUCACCAACGCCAAUUACCACGACACCUCGCCAUACCGCUGGGGGGGCAAGUCUGACAUCGACCUGGCCGUGGACGAACACGGCCUGUGGGUCAUUUACGCCACAGAGGCCAACAACGGACGACUGGUGGUCAGCCAGGUGAACCCGUACACUCUUCGUUUCGAGGGCACGUGGCAGACUAGCUUUGAGAAGCGGAUGGCGUCGGACGCGUUCGUGGCGUGCGGCAUCCUGUACGCAGUGCGCUCGGUGUACCAGGACGACGACAGCGAGGCCGGGGGGGACCUGAUCCUGUACGCCUACGACACGCGGCGCGACGCCGAGCGCCCCGUCCACAUUGCGUUCCCAAACCCGUACCAGCACAUCUCCUCCAUCAGCUACAACCCCAGAGACAACCAGCUGUACGUGUGGAACAACUACAACGUCCUGAGAUACCAGCUGGAGUUCAGCCCUGCACAGCCCACCACUGACCCUCUCUCCACUCCUCUUCUCUCCUCCUCCCUCUCUCCUCUCUCCUCCACAGUGUUUCUGGGUUUCAGCCCCUCGCCCCCUCCCUCGGUGACCUUCAACCCUGCAGGGGCGAUAAACCGCGCUCCGGCCGGUCGCCCUUUCACCGCCACCGUGCCGGUGACCGUGCGGCCGCGGCGAACGCACACACAAACUCCGCACACACGCAUGUGUGAGGGGCGCGUCAGCAGAGGGGUUCAGUGGCCCCCCACGCACCGAGGAGAGACGGUGGAGAGACCCUGCCCUAAAGGAUCGCUCGGUAUAGCCUCCUACCAGUGUGUGGCUGAUGACGUGGUGUGGAACCCCCGUGGUCCGGACCUCAGUAACUGUACUUCACCCUGGGUCAGCCAGGUGGCUCAGAAGAUAAAGAGUGGGGAGAAUGCAGCCCACGUCGCUGCUGUACUUGUCAAUCACACACGGGGGCGUGUCUAUGCUGGUGAUGUCACUUCCUCUGUGCGUCUGAUGGAGCAGCUUCUGGACAUCCUGGACUCACAGCUGCAGGCUCUGCGGCCGGCAAGCAAAGACUCAGCCGCCCGCAACUACAACAAACUCCAGAAGAGAGAGAGAACCUGCAGAGCAUUCAUUCAGGCUUUGGUCCAGACCGUGGAUAACCUGCUGCGUUGGGAGGCUCUGGACUCGUGGCAGGACAUGAACGUUACAGAGCAGUCCCACACGGCCACCAUGGUGCUGGACGUCAUGGAGAAAGCGUCCUUCUUGCUGGCCAACAACCUGUAUGAGGGGCGCUUCAGCGACCGAGCGCCAAACGUGGAUCUGGAGGUGUACGUGCUGAACACAGAAAUGGGGAUCAGAGAUUUACACUUCCCUCACUCCUACGACAGCGACAGCACCAUCCACCUCUCGCCCGCCACCAUCAAACAGUACAGUCGCAACGGUCAGGUUAAGGUGGUCUUCGCUCUCUAUAAGAAUCUCGGCUCUUUCCUGUCUACCCAAAAUGCCACGGUGAAGACGGAGGUGGAGCUAAAGCCAGGGGGGCGGAACCUGGCGGUCAAUUCACACGUAAUCUCUGCUUCCAUGAAUAAAGAGUCCAGUCGCGUGUUUCUGACCGAACCGGUCAUCUUCACUCUACGACACUUACAGUUGGAGAACCACUUCAGUCCGAACUGUUCAUUCUGGAACUACUCCGAGCGCUUGAUGACCGGACAGUGGUCCUCUCAGGGCUGCAGGCUUAUAGACACCAACAACACACACACCACCUGCUCCUGCUCACACCUCACCAACUUCGCCCUGCUGAUGAACCACCAGCAGCCUGCAUAUCCGGGCGGAGUUCAGGGAUUAAUCCUCUUUGUAAUCACCUGGGUGGGGAUGGUCAUUUCUCUGGUUUGUUUGGCUCUGUGUAUUUCCACCUUCUGCUGUCUGAGGAGUCUCCAGAGUGACCGCACCACCAUCCACAAGAAUCUGUGCCUCAGUCUCUUCAUCUCUCAGCUCCUCUUCCUCAUUGGCAUGGAGAGCAAAGACUACACUGUGGUGUGUCCAGUUCUGGCCGGUUUCCUCCAUUUCUUCCUGCUGUCCGCGUUCUGCUGGCUGUGUGUAGAAGCUGUGCAGCUGUACGUUCUGCUGGUGGAAGUGUUUGAGAGCGAGACGUCCCGCAGGAAGUAUUAUUACCUCUCUGCUUAUGGCUUCCCCCUGCUGGUGGUGGCCAUCUCCGCCGCCAUCGACUACAGGAGCUACGGCGGCAGCCCCAGAGCUUGCUGGCUCAGCGUGGAUAACUACUUCAUAUGGAUGUUCAUUGGUCCUGUCUCCCUCGUUAUCCUGCUGAACCUUGCUGUCCUGGUCAUCACCGUGCACAGGAUGAUCCGCCACUCCACCGUGCUCAAGCCCGACUCCAGUCGCUUUGACAACAUCAAGUGUUGGACAGUUAGUUCGGUCACUCUGCUGUUGUUGGUCACUUUAACAUGGAUUUUCGGCCUGCUCUUCAUUAACGAGUACAACGUGGUGAUGGCCUAUCUCUUCACUUCCUUCAACGCCCUGCACGGCCUUUUCAUCUUCAUCUUCCACUGCGCCCUGCAGAAGAAGGUUCAGAAGGAAUACGGUAAAUGCUUCCGUCAAUCGUCCUGCUGCGGUCACGCCUCCUCGGCUGGUUCCCACGGUUCCCUCAAGAGCUCCGCCCACCGCGGCAACAACCGCUAUUACAGCGGGGGCCAAUCCAGACACGCUCCAGCACACAGACAGAGUCGAAUCAGAAGGAUGUGGAACGACACGGUACGCAGACAGACUGAGUCUUCCUUUAUGGCUGACCUCAAUAACACACCCACCCUCAAUAGAGGAACUAUGGGUAAUCACCUGCUGGCCAAUCCUGUGCUGCAGACUCGUUCUGGCUCCUCCCCCUAUAAUACACUUUUGGCAGAAACCUUCAACCCAUCUUCAACAGCAGUCUUCAACUCUACUGGUACCUUCAGAAACUCAAAGGGCACUCUGUCCCGUAGCCGUGAGUCGUGUGGAUUGGAGGGAGUUCGUCUCAACGGAAACUACAACAACAGCUACUCUGUCCACGGCGGGAGCUCCGACCUGCUGGGAGGUGUUCCUGUGGGUGCCGGGGGUGUUUCUGGAGAUGUUAGUCCCGCCCUAUUGACCCCCAGAGGGGCAGAGCCACCAGGCAGCGGAUUGAGGAGGAACCUUUCGGAUGCAGCAGCGCUGGAGAAGAUGAUCAUCUCUGAGCUGGUCCAGAGCAACCUGCGCCCGGCCACUGACCGCUACGGAACGACCAUGGAAUCAGCAACGGAGCGGCAAGACUAUGUUUCCUCAACGAUGGGGCACAGUCACAGGGAACCGCCUCAGCGCCCGCUGCCUCGCCCGCCACCGCCUCCGCCGCAGGACGAGGACGAGCCGCUCUACAAGGCUUUGGAGAAGCCCCGCCUCCCUGAUAAGCCUCGCCUUCCUGAAAAACCCCGCCUGCCUGAGAAGCCACGCCUCCUGGAGCACGCUCAGUCCGUGUUUUACCAGAGCGAGGAGGACUCCGAAAGCUUCUCGGCCGAAAUCACGGACAGCGUGGGCGGAGCCGGGCCUGACUCCUCCUCCCUGUAUGCGAGGGACAGGGACUCGUCCUAUCCUGACAGCAGCCCUGAGGGUUUGGGAACAGAGCCCCGGUCGGCCCUGCCUCCAGACGAGCUUUACUUCAGCACGGGACGCCACGCCCACGUCUCCGCCUUCUACCAGCCCCCACCACGACGGACCAAUGAGGAGGCUCGGCUGGGGCUGGAGCCCGCCCACGGAGAGGGUGACGGACAGAUGCAGCUGGUGACCAGUCUGUGACUAGGGCGCUGGUGACCAGGACAUGGAGAUCUGGGGGAGGAAGAGGAGGUGUAAUGUCACUGUCAUCAUCAUCAUCAUCAUCAUCUACUGUACUGCUGUACAGGUGGAAGGUUUUAUGAAUGACUGUUAUUAUCGUGGUGGUUUUGGUGAGCUUUCUCCACAACUCAGAUACUUAAGAACUCACAUCUGAGUUAAAAGUCUGCAAAACUUGAUUUACGCCAGAGUUCAACUCGAUCUGAUUCUUUUAAUAUGAUUAAAAAUACAAAAGUGUUUUUUUUAUUUGACAACAGCUCAAGCAUUUAGUUUCGGUCAAAAAGCAUCGUGUAUACUUUAUUAAAUUUUAGAGUCAGUUACAGUCUAUUCUAUUCUAACGUCCUACGUUAGAUUGGUGCAGCUAAAUUACCACCUGCAGAUGUACUUAUGCAUAUUUCACCACCCUAAAAUACUUGAAAAGCUUAAUAUUGUAGCUCAUUUGGAACAAAUGCACUCAGUAAUCCAGUAAUCAUAAUCUGAUUUCUGCAGUAAUCUGAUUAUGCGAAUGGUCAUCUAAGAACCGUACUCUGAUCUAGAAAUCUAGAAAUGUGAAAUCUGAUCAAGAGCCUGUAUUUGAGCUCAGUAAUCAGAUUUCUCAGCGCUGUGAACUCUUACUCUGAUUUCUUUCCCAUUUCUCAGUCUGAGCAUGUGCGAAACAGAUGGCAGUAGACCUGUCUGAAUACAUCACACCCCGGGGGGUAGCUGGUCUAGUCAUGGGAUCGAGCCUGGAGUAUCCAUUCUAUGGAAUUCCAAAAUGUAUAGAUUAUUGAUUCUGCCGUUGAUUGACUCUGCUUCACUGAGUGAGGCAAUGAUUGAGUCUAUUCGUCCGUGUGAUCCUGCAGAGCAGCCAAGGAACGUUUUCCUCCAAACACGCUGGAACACUUGGCAGAUUAACUGGGCUAAACUGUGGCAGCAUCACCUGAGCUAGAUGACUUGUAAACAUCUCCUAAUCCCAGAUUAGUAAUGAUAAUUCCAUGAGACUGGGUGGAAAUCCGACAGUGGAGAAGCACGCAAAGCACCUGUAUGAAAGUGAGAACAUCUCAAAUGUAGCUAAUAUAGCUGUUAUUUCCUAUUACGAGUUUAUUAUAAUCUUAUUCAGCCUAUUACUCGUUCAUUUGACUUCUUCAGCUGAAACAAUUGUGCUGAGAUAGCAGACGUUCGUGAAUUUCACUUCAAAUUGUUUUAAAUAAGUUUAAAAGUCUGCAAAUAAGUUAUGACAUGUAUUUUCUCUUUAUAGGAAUCGUAUAAUAAUCACAUCAUUCACAUAAUAAAAGAAAUACUACAUGCCGCUGCGGUCGGAACAAAACCUCAUAUCUCCAAAAGGGGAACUUUUACAGGAGAAGGAAAAAACUCACUUUACUUUUAAUGUAAGUCAAUGGAACCAGACGUCUUUACCAAGUCAUCUUAGGUCGUUUCUUUCGAUCCAUUUGUCGUGAAAUAUGUACACGGCGUAAAGACUAAUAGGCAUGUUCAAAUUAUGUCAAAAACUGAACGACAAAAAUGGAGAUACGAGGUUUUGUUGCAAGAGCAGCGAUUCAUUGGGUACAGUAAAGACGUUUACACUUGCUAAGAUAUGAGCGUCGUCUGUUUAACAAGGAAUUAUUAGUUCUCUGAUGGUGCUGAAUUUACCCUUAAAAAAGCACAUCCACCCUGACCUGAUGAUGAUGAUGAUGGUAAGAACACAAUGAAGAAGAAGAAGAUGAUGAUGAUGGCUUCCUCCUCCACGUCUCUGUCUCUUGGUCACCCCCAACACCCACCCUGCCCAUCUCACUGCCAUUCAUACACUCCUUCUCUAUGUCUCUCUCUCUCUCUCUCUCAUCAUUGCUCUCUAUAUACUGUAUAUUAGUCUGUCUGACUGCCUGUAUUCUCUGUAUAUUCUACAUUGCACUGUCAUCCUAUGUCUCUCUCUCACUCUCUCACUCUAUCUUUCUUUCUGCCUUGUCCUCAGAGACCGUCCACAUGUAUACGGAUAAUUCUGGAAGCCGUUGUGGCCUCCUCAGAACUUAGGAUGGAGCGUUUAAAAAGCUCAGUUUUCAUCAUUUCAGACGGGCACUUAACGUCACGGCCAGCUUGUAUGUGCUCAGUGCUCUUUGACUGUGCUGAGCUUCGUCAUGCCCAUAUUAGGAACUCCAGGUCUGAGGCCAUUCACACCCACAGCGCGAGUGGUGUGGAAACGCGGCCUUUCAUACGUACAGCAUCUGUGAGUGGCCACAUCAGUCACUCCGCUCAAUACGAACCUAAUUAAUGAAAGUACACGGUAGAUGUGUUUGUCCUGGACAGCCUUCCUUUUUUGUGGAUUUUUCCCAAUUCGGUUGUUAGGACUCCCCCCAGUCACACGAUACUGCCAGUGCCAGUGCUAGACUGAUGAAUCCCCAUUGCAUCUUCUCAAACCAUCAUUGGACAGUUGAACGUGCUUGGAGGCGUCUGCGCUGAGAGAUGGGGGGCCAUCCUACCCACCCAGAGAGCGAGGACAAUUGUGCUCUCUUGGAUUCCUGGCUGUAGCACGGAUGAUAGGGCCAAUGCUUAGAUGGUUGCGCCACUCAGGAGCCCCAGAGAGCAAUCUGACUCACAAUCCAGCAAUAGUUUCAAGCUGGAUAUACCAGCUGGGAAUCUGUUAGCAGCCCAGAAUGUUUACCUGUUAUUAAGUUUAAGAGACCCUUAUUAGUCCCACAACGGGGAAAUUUCACCUCUGCAUUUAACCCAUCCGUGAAGUGAAACACCACAUACACACUAGGGGGCAGUGAGCACACUUGCCCGGAGCGGUGGGCAGCC